AUGAUUAAUUGUCGCCGACAAGAUCAUAUAUAUUUAUUAUGUAUUAUAUGUACUGGUUUUAUGUUACUUACAAGUAUAUUCAAUGUAAUUUAUAUUGUUCAACGUUCAUUAUCAAAUAAUAUUUCUGAAUAUACACAAACAUCACCAUCGUCAUUAUCUAUGAAACAAAAUAUUCCAUUAAAUAAAUCUGAAGCAAUAUUUGUAAAAAAAAAAGAUGAUCAUUUUGAAAAAACUUAUCAAACAUUUUUACAUUCAUUUAUUCAAAAUUAUUUAACUAUAGCAGAAACUCGAAAUCUAUCAUUAACUUAUUGUCCACCUGUACCACCUGAUCUUCAAGGUCCAUUAAAAGUUAAUGAAGUACCAAAAAAUUUUUCUAUUACUACAAAUUCAUCCUAUUAUACUAAUGUUGAUAUUGGUGGUUCUUAUCAGCCAAAAACAUGUUUAGCUCGUCAUAAAGUUGCAAUUAUUGUACCAUAUCGUGAUCGUUGGGAUAUUUUAACACAUUUUCUCUAUCAUACACAUCAAAUUUUACAACGACAACAAUUAGAUUAUCGAAUAUAUGUAUGUGAACAAGCAUUUGAUAAAACAUUUAAUAAAGGUAUUGUUAUGAAUGGAUGUUUUAAAGAAAUUUUAAAACUUCAACCAAAUGUACAUUGUUUUAUUAUGCAUGAUGUUGAUUUAUUAUCAAUUGAUGAUCGUAAUAUGUAUACAUGUCCAACAUAUCCACGUCAUUUAAGUGUUGCUAUUGAUAAAUUUCAUUUUUAUUUACCCUAUGCUACACUUGUUGGAGGUGUUUUAGCUAUGCGCCGUGAACAUUAUCUGCUUGUCAAUGGUUACUCAACAAAUUACUGGGGUUGGGGUGGUGAAGAUGAUGAUAUGCAUGCUCGUAUUAUAAAUAAACAUUUAAAAGUUGAACGUCCACCAGCAUCUGUUGCACGUUAUAAAAUGUUAAAACAUACUCAUCAAAAAUUAAAUCCUGCUCGUAUGAAAGUAUUACGUACAGCACAUAUUCGUAUUGAUUCCGAUGGUGUUAAUAAUGUGAAAUAUAAAUUAUUAAAUACAACUUUUUAUCAUCUUUAUACUCAUUUUUUAAUUGAUGUCGGUGAACAACCGAAAUGA